UCUCUGCGGGGAAAAUCGAAAAUCUCAAGGUUUUAUCUGAUGCUGUCUUCAUUUCACAUAGCUCCAACGCUUCCUGAUAUUGCAGAUCACCUCACCUUUUCUUACUAGCCAACCAUAUUCACCCUUAUUAUGAACAGAGACCCAAAGAUCUGUGCCAGGGCGUUGUGCGAUUUUCUCACCUCUGGUUCGCAGUUCAGAGUCAUCUACCUGCCAAACCCUACCCCCUCCGGUCUACUCCCCACCACAAGACUCUGUAUUCUCGACUCUUCGUUCAAUCCGCCCCACAAUGCCCAUUUAUCCUUGGUGGUUCGAGCCUUGCAGUAUAACUUUGACGCGCGGGCGGUGUCCACCCCGCACCUCCACAACUCGGAGCAGAAGCGGCUCAUGAUCAUGUUGUCCGUGAACAAUGCCGAUAAAACCGCCGCCUUCACCGCCGCCGCCUUUGAGCAUCGUAUUGCCAUGAUGUGUUUGCUUGCCGAUCAGAUCAGAUCAGAGUACGCCAUCGAAACCUCCGUGGGCCUCACUACGCAUGCCAAGUUUGUCGACAAAUCCCAAGCCAUUAUCUCCCACUUCACGGAUUUGGGAUCUCCUGUGAUACCUACGCUUACGUUUUUGGCGGGGUUUGACACCUUAAUCCGCAUUUUUAACCCGAAGUACUACGCUCCGUCGACCGUGGAGCAGGCAUUGGGCACGUUCAUGCAGCAGGCAGAGCUUUUCACCUUGACCAGAGACAAGGAACGGUUAUCGAUCCCUCAACAAUGGGAGUAUGUGAAGAGCAUCCAGGAGGGCAAACUCGAGGGUGUUCCUCAGGAGUGGUACAAGAGAAUCUUUCUUGUGGAUGGGCUCCAAGAGAGCAUCGAUACCAGUUCCUCGGGGAUCAGAAAGCUCGUACCGAGUGCAACCGACGACUGGAAACUGCAGCUUCCCCAGAGCAUUGCUAAGUAUAUCCAAGAGCAUGGAUUGUAUAAGGACUGAAAUACCUGGAAGUUUACCGCCUGUAGCGGUCAUAGAAUGGAACAGAAUACCAAAGGAACGUACCUACAUUCCAUAGGAUACGUGUGAGGUUUCUUAAUCUUCGGCAUUAAAUUCUGUAUUGAAAGCACAUCCACUGGAGUGGCACCGCUCUACUCAUACGUUUAACUUGUUAGUGUAGGAUCCCGCUAGUCGUUUACGGCUAUUAAAGGCUCUGCCUUGUCUCCGC